CUAUCAACCUUCUUCUUUCUUCUCACCGAACGUGUCUGAAGUCUAAACCCCAAAAUCCACCAAACUCCCACGUGUCAUAAAUUCCUCCCACCUCACCUCCUUCGUCUUCCUCCUCCUCCACCCCGAACCGAUCCCGUCAUCUCACUCCUCUUUCGCAUCAACAACCAACAACAACAACAACCACUGAAGUACCAAAAUGCCCCGCCACAAAUUCUCCAUUUUCACUCAUCAAGCCCUCAGAUUCUUCUCCACCCAGCGGACCCAUCUCCAGAAUGUGGGACCCCUCUCCUCCCGGCUCAAUUCCCGGUCUAUUAUCCGGUUCACCGGUCCAGACUCUGUGAAAUUCCUGCAGGGUAUGCUCACCAACGAUGUCCGACAGUUCGGUGAACCGGUUGAUGACAAAGUGUCGAAUUUGUCGUCGUCCAAUAUGCCGACGGUCGGAACUUUGCCUGUUUACGCCGCGAUGCUGACCCCACAAGGCCGGUUUUUGUACGAUUUUUUCCUGUACAGGCCACCCCGGCUCGACACGAAACUUGACCGGACCGGGUCUGGCCCUGGCCCGAGUCCUGAUGAGAUGGAGUUGUUCGCGGAUGUUGAUGCGUCGAUGGUGGAUGAGCUAAUUGAGACCCUUAAGAGAUACCGGUUGAGGUCUAAGGUUGACAUUGACCACAUGGGAGAUAAAUUCUGUUGUUGGCAGCGUUAUGGUGGGGAGUUGUCUGAAAAAUCUUUGUCUGUUGAAGAACCAGAGGUUGCUGGUGUUGGUUAUGGUGGGAGUAUUGAUAGCUCAUCUAUGUCAUCUUCACAAGGGGGUGAAUGUGGGUGGCAGUGGUUCAAGGAUCCUAGGUUGGAUUGUCUUGGCUUUAGAGGAAUAUUUCCCUCCGGGAGUCCGCCUCCGUUGGUUGAGGCAGACAAAGAAGCUGCUGAAGAAAAUUAUCAACUAUGGAGAUUAGAGAAAGGGGUUGCAGAAGGUCCAAAUGAGAUCCCGAAAGGUGAGGCUAUUCCUCUAGAAUUCAACCUUGCAGGUUUAAAUGCAAUAAGUUUUGACAAGGGGUGUUAUGUGGGGCAAGAAUUAGUUGCUCGAACACACCAUCGAGGUGUCAUCCGAAAACGUGUACUUCCUUUGAAGUUUGUUGAUGAUAAUGGGAAAGAAGUAGAGCAGAAAGUCGCUCCUGGGUCAGUAGUGGUAGAUGGAUCAUCAGGCAAGAAGGUUGGGGCUGUGACUACCGCACUCGGGUCUCGUGGACUUGGUCUUCUUCGUUUGGAGGAAGCCUUCAAAGGGCCUAAUGCUCUUGCUAUACAAGGAAAUGAGGAUGUGAAGGUGGUUGCUGUUAGACCCAACUGGUGGCCCGCUGAGUGGUUUCUUGAUGAUACUGCUUGAGUUUUCUGGUGUUCAUCGACUUUUUUCCAAGUGUCGUGGAUUCCUUUUCUGUAAACAGUUACGCAGCUUCCUCCUACAAGGCUUAGCUAAGCUGGUGUUGGUCGAAAUAAAGAGGCUGUUUUUUGUUUUACUUAAAAGAUUACUGAUACCAUAGGGAGAAUAGAUAGAACUUAGGCUAACAAAAUGUAGUCCUUGUUGUUGGAGGAUAUAUAAAAAUGUAGUCCUCAUUUGUUAUCUUUGCCACUAAACAAGACAUUUUGCCUUCCCUUUUAACUGCAGUUUCAAAUUUGCACCUUCUUUGUGAUCA